CAGUAGCCGACGGCGCAGGUUCAGCCCACACACAAGUUGGGACUCUCCGACGGCCGCAGGAAAAAGCCCAGGACACGAACUCUGGCUGUGGCCUUCUGGAUAGCACCAACAUUUCAUAAGAAAAAAGGCACUGAAGCAAACAAGCUCUCCUGGCUAUUGCUCUUCAUCAUUUCCUACGGGCAUGGAGUUUUGCUAGUAGAGCAGAGUGUAUGAAAAGUCAAGCUAUGAAAACCACCUCAAUGCAAGAUAGCGCUUACCAGACACUCUGUGCACUUUCUGCUCAGAAGAAUCCCAUGAAAAAAAGUGGAUUAUUUGAGACUACAAAUGCAAGGAAGCUGCAGACUUCCUUUCCUCCUAUUCACUUCAGUCUCAGUACCCCCUCCAGAUCUAUGUACAAAAGCUGCAAGGAUCAUGUAUCAAACCUAGAUGUUUCCAGAGACAUCCGGGGGCAGAAAAUCAACCUGCCUCAGGUGGAGAAGCCAUCGGAGAAAAUUUCAGCACCCAUCCAGUCUGUGGAUAAAAGUAAAGUAACAACAGACCACAGUCGAUACCUCAGGGCUCGCUCAAACACUUUAGUAGUGCCUUUUCAUAGUACUAGAGAGAUUAAACUGGAAAACAAAUCCACGUUAGAUUUGCCAUCUUCAAAGGUAGCAUCAGAAGGACUGUCAGCCGAGACACACAAAGUUCCAGAGUGUCCAAAUUGCAAAAAGGAAAGGAGAAUCCAAAAUGAGUACGACAAGUUCAUUUUGCAGUCAAAGAGGGACAAGGAGGCCUUGCAGAAGACGAUUGUGAAGCUAGAAGCUGAGCUGAAAAGAUAUGAAGAGCAUAAUAAACCAGCUCAAGGACAAGAGAGUGAAGUAACCUGCUCUGUGGAAGAACAGCAGCACCUGAGAGGGGAAGUUUCCCUUCUUGAUGGUUUGGUAGGAAUGUGUAAAAAUGAACUAGCAUAUAUGAGAAGCAGAUCAGACCUGAACAAACUGGAAGAGGAGAGCAAAGGGAAGCAGCAACAAAUGGAUAGUUUGUUAGUUGAAAUGGAGGAGUUAAAAGCCCAGCUGCAAAGAAUUCAGAAUAAUGAGGAAAAACAAGCCCAGAUGACCAAAAUGAAGCAAAGCAAGUUGGUUCUUGAAAUGGAAGAGUUAAAGUCCCAACUUGAAAAAACAAAGGAGCGGGAAAGGCAAAAAGUAUCAGUUUUAGAAAAUGAGAAGGAUGCCUGUCUGAGGGAAAUAGCAGAAAUGAAAAUUUGCAUUGAGAAAGUAAAGUAUACAGAAAGGUUUGCAGUCCCCCGGGUUUUCAUGAAGUGCAUGGCGGUGGUAGCUGCCUUCCUCAAACAGCUCUACCCAUACCUCAAUGACUGGCUGAUGAAGUGUUGUUCAGAAGCUCAAGUCGCCUUCCUGGUAGCAAUCACCUCAGCAAGAAGAGUCUCUGAAAUCAAGGUCCUUACGUCAGAGCCACCAUACACGGUGUUCUUCAAGGACAGGGUCCAACUGCACCCCCGCCUGGCCUUUCUGCCAAAGGUAGUUUCGCAGUUCCAUAGCAAUCAGGCCAUUUUCCUGCCAGUCUUCUUCCCGAAGCCUCACAAGAAUUCAGAAGAGCGGCAGCUUUACUUAUUGGAUGUUAGGCAUGCCCUCGCCUUCUGCAUUGAGAGGACUAAACCCUUUCACAGAUCCAUGCAACUCUUUGUGGCAGUAGUAGAAAGGAUGAAAGGCCUACCAGCGUCAGCCCAGAGACUCUAA